AUGGCUUACCUUCUUCUUGGCCGCUUCGGCGGCACUGAUCACGUAGAGAUCGACGAUGCCCAGGAGGCAGUCGUCGCAGCGGCAGACAUCCUCGCCGAAGGCCAGCGAGCCCAGGCUGCUGGUGGAGUCCAGGGAGUCAGUGCGUCGCAGGCGGCUGACCACGCCCAUACCCAGGCCCAGUCCCAAUCCCAAGGCCAGGGGGAGGGGCAGGCCAACGCCAACUCCCCCACGACCGUGGGCGGGUUGGGGGACGUGGGCGAGGGCGUGGCCGAGCCGGUGGAAGCGGGCGGAGAUGCGGGGGCGGUGGCGGUGGCAGUAGCGGCGGCAGCGGAGGGAGCACCGCCAGCAGCGGCGGCCGCCUCGAUCUUGCGGGCCAGCAGCUGCUCCAUGAGCGUCCGCGGCCGCGAAGAGGAGGGGAAGAGGGCCAUGUCCGCCAGGCGAUUGCCACCCACUCCGGCCCCUGCUGCUGCUGCUGCUCCUGCUCCAGCUCCCGCGCCUCCCCCCGCUCCCUCUGCCGCUCCUCCUGGUCCUCCGUCCACCUCCGCUGGCGACAAGUUCCUUGCCUAA